CCGUAGCGGCGGCAAUGUCCGCGGUGGUGCGCACGCUCAGCCGCUGCCUGCUGCCGGCCGAGGCGGGCGGCGGGGCCCGCGACGCGGAGCGGGAGGCGCGGAGGCGCAGCCGCGACAUCGACGCGCUGCUGGCCCGCGAGCGGCGCGCCGUGCGGCGCCUCGUCAAGAUCCUGUUGCUGGGCGCCGGCGAGAGCGGCAAGUCCACCUUCCUCAAGCAGAUGCGCAUCAUCCACGGCCGCGAGUUCGACCAGAAGGCGCUGCUCGAGUUUCGGGACACCAUCUUCGACAACAUCCUCAAGGGUUCAAGGGUUCUCGUUGAUGCACGAGACAAGCUGGGCAUUCCUUGGCAGUACUCUGAAAAUGAGAAGCAUGGAAUGUUCUUGAUGGCCUUUGAGAACAAAGCGGGGCUGCCCCUGGAGCCGGCCACCUUCCAGCUGUACGUCCCAGCCCUCAGCGCCCUCUGGAAGGACUCCGGUAUCAGGGAGGCCUUCAGCCGCAGGAGCGAGUUCCAGCUGGGUGAAUCCGUGAAGUACUUCCUGGAUAACCUUGACCGGAUCGGCCAGCUGAAUUACUUUCCUAGUAAGCAAGACAUCCUGUUGGCCAGGAAAGCCACCAAGGGCAUUGUGGAGCAUGACUUCGUUAUUAAGAAAAUCCCUUUUAAGAUGGUGGAUGUGGGUGGCCAGCGGUCCCAGCGCCAGAAGUGGUUCCAGUGUUUCGAUGGGAUCACGUCAAUCCUGUUCAUGGUGUCCUCCAGCGAGUACGACCAGGUCCUUAUGGAGGACAGACGCACCAACCGGCUGGUGGAGUCAAUGAACAUAUUUGAGACGAUCGUCAACAACAAGCUGUUCAUCAACGUCUCCAUCAUCCUCUUCCUCAACAAGACAGACCUCCUGGUGGAGAAGGUGAAGACCGUCAGCAUCAAGAAGCACUUCCCCGACUUCAGGGGGGACCCCCACCGGCUGGAGGAUGUGCAGCGCUACCUGGUCCAGUGCUUCGACCGGAAGAGGCGCAACCGCAGCAAGCCACUCUUCCACCACUUCACCACCGCCAUCGACACGGAGAACAUCCGCUUCGUGUUCCAUGCCGUGAAGGACACCAUCCUGCAGGAGAACCUAAAGGACAUCAUGCUGCAGUGAGGAGACCCCCAUGCUCACGCCACCCCUAAGCAGCCCCGCAGCCUCGGGUCAGGAGUCUGGUGGGGGUGAUCCACGUGGUCCGGAAGUGGGUUUCCAGGGCCCGGGCCUUCACACACCAGGCUCCGGAAUGCCAUGUGACAGCCAGCCGACACGCACUCGGCAGAAGGACAGAGACACUCUGGUGUCAGUCAGCUACUGAGUCCUGGGAACCAGGAAAACUACUGAGCACCCACGCGAUCACUUUGGUAUUCAUCUGUAAUACCUAAUGCCACGGCUGUCUUUCUUUUUACAGACUCUUUAUUCCUUUCCUGACACCAUCUACAUCAAAGCUUGUGUGUAUGUGUGUGCACACGCACGCUCACUCUUUAAUGACAAAAACCUGUACACCCAGUGGCCUUGCAGAUGGCUUUUCUGUCUAACUCACAAGUCUUCCAUCAGGCAAACUAACCUGAGGGCCCUGUCUAGCAGUAGUUUGUAGGCAGUUGUGUGCGUGCUGGCACCCCUAAGCUCAGAGCACACGAGGUGGCCCCCAGCCCAGCCUUAGGGUCUCAUGCCACCCCUCACAUGAGUGGGCUGCCUUUUAAAACUUUGGUGCCAAUUUCCUAAGAGAUGCUCAUCUAGGUGUGUUUGAUUAAGCCAAGUAGCCUCCCAAGUCUUAGACAGUGAGGUCGAGAGCUUUGCUAACGAGGGCUUGCUUCAGCCUUGUGCGGGUUUUCUUGCCUUACAUGUAGAAUUGCCCAGUAGCACAACAUGUCAUGGAAAUGGCAUGCCGACGGCACACAAGGAUGCAUUACUUUUCCCACCUACACCUUCCUUCCUCCUCCCUCCAUGGCAAAGACAUACAAACCAAACCAAGUAGCCUUGCAGAUGGCUUUUCUGUCUUGCAUGCAAGUCACCUUCUGCACCUCCAGUUGGCAGCAUUUAGCAUUUCCUUCUUUUGGAAAUAGCAGAGAUCUUCACAUUCCUCUCUGAGGCUUCUGAAAGCUGGCAGGCUUACUCGCGGACCUUUGUCAGUGUAGCAGCUGCUUGGGGAGUUCCUAGCAGCUGACCUUUCAGGAAGCCCAGACUCUGGAGAAAUCCGAGUUUCUCCAAACCGCAGCCUCACCAACGCGCCUUUGGACAGCCGGCUCCUAUUCUCAACUAUCCUGCAAACCCAACUCUUCUCAAGGGCUCUGGCUUCUGUUACUGCACACACAUAACAAGUAACCAUUGUCACAUGUAGCUCUCCUUGGGGCGCAGCUGCAGAGGGCUGGAGGGGAAGAGAACUGACAAACUGAAGCUCGGCUCGCUUGUCCAGGUUCACCUGGCCAGUUGUCUCUCACUGUGUCCAAAAUACAUUGUCACUCUACUAAAAAGUCUCUCCAGUGUGCUUGGGGACUUUUCCAACCUAGCAUUUAAAAAAAAAUUUCCAGGCAUUUAAAAAAAGAAGGAAAAAGGGUUUCCUCUGUAACCAGCGCCUUAUAUUGCUGCGGCUUACCACCACCUCCUGGGGUUGUGUGCCAGGACCACGCCUGGGUCCUCGUGUCCCUCUCGCCUCUGUCGCCUCAUUUUUAGCGUGCAAAAUCCACAUUAACCUUGUGGCAGAUGCUGACCCAGAAGAGGGAGGAGAAAAUUCCCACUUCCGCAUCACCCUGGUUAUCACAGCACUUCUGAUUAGGAGACAACGUGAAUUCUUUCUCCCUCUGGGUUCUCAAGGGCAUGUGUCAGUGUUCGCUGGGGUUUUGGCUCUGUCUCUUUGCAGGAAAAAAAGUUUGCUGUCUUUGUACUACUUCCCGUGGCUCUUGGUCAGUGAGCAGGAUGUGACCCAGGAUUAGUGCUGGUGACCGUGUUUUCAGGGAAGACACAAUGGGGUCGCGAUGCGGUCCCUCAGGAUGGUUCUCAGAUCCCAAUGGGGUGUAUGCUGUCACCCAGAUUAGUUUUCAUAUUAAGUCUGUCAGGAUUCAAAGACUCCAGGAGAUGCAGGCUCCUCCUCAGCCUGGAGCUGCCCUCCUGGUAUCCCGGAGGUCAGUGCUGUCGGGACCAGGAGCGUAGACCAGUCUCAUCAGUACAUGCUCCUGUCCCUUUAGGCAGUCAGAUGUAGUUGCAGCUCUCUUGCAAAACCAGAAAAAAGUUGAGGCAUUGGGACUUGGGUUUAACUGGUCAUCCAAGAUAGGGAAUAGAAGGCAGAGGGGCUGGCCCACAGGCUGGGGACCUCAGACCAGCUGCCCCUGACCCUGGACACCCUCGCCAAGUCUCUUAGCUCUGCUGAACCUGGGCUUCCUCCUCUCUGUGACAGCCAGGAGGAGUGAGAAUCUUCACAGAGCCCGCUGGUUUGACACUCUGAGGUUUGUUGUUACUGGUGCAGAAGAUAGCUAUUUGCAAGGCUAACCUAAAUUACUUGCAACUUUCCUACACCUAGACUAUAGUCAUUUUGGUCUCCAAAGCCUUAGGCGUUUGUAUUAUUGUUUUUAAUUUCACUGUUAUUCUCAAUUAUUGUCUUUUUUUAUUGAGAUGUUGGAGAAGCAGGAGGCGGCUGUACCUCAUCUACUAUUGCAAAAAAAAAAUAUAUAACAAUAAACUUCCUCAAAAUAA